UUUUAUUUAAUUGAUCCAGAGAAUUUAUCAAUUAUUUUUGUUAAUUCGUUUUAUCUAGUGGUUCCUAGAAAUUUCCGUCUAUUGGAAGAAUUGGAGCAGGGACAAAAAGGUGUUGGAGAUGGUACAAUUAGUUGGGGAUUAGAAAAUGAUGAUGACAUGACUCUGACUCAUUGGACCGGAAUGAUUAUCGGACCACCGAGGACACCGUAUGAGAAUAGAAUGUACAGUUUAAAAAUUGAUUGCGGGGCUAGAUACCCAGAUGAUGCACCGAGUGUAAGAUUUUUAAGUAGAAUCAACAUGAAUUGUAUCAACAGCAACACUGGAGCGGUGGAUAAUCGCAGUGUGCCUAUGUUGGUCAAAUGGCAACGAGAAUACACAAUUAAAACAGUUUUGCAGGAACUCCGUCGUUUAAUGACGCUGAAAGAGAAUAUGAAACUAUCCCAACCACCUGAGGGAAGUACUUUUUAG